ACUUUACCAUAAGCCAUCAUUGCCCCACUGUUUCUACCCUCCCUCAAAGUCCAACCAACUCUCUCCCCUUGAUCUAAUCUUCAAUUCCCAACCCCAAAUCAACGCAACAAACCUAAAAUCCCUUCAUCAUUUCAUCCAUUACCAGACAAACCACCAAGCGGCGCACACUCCCCUCUUCUUUAGAUCUUCUUCUUCCCCUCUCCAUUGACUCACCUCGCUUUCUCAAUUCUCCCAUCCACAAUAUGCGCACUCGCUUCCAGUACGGCGUCGUAUUGGUGGUCACGGCCGCCAUGGCAGCCGCCAUGCUGGUUGAGUCCAGGUACACCAGGCCCUCGGAUCACGGCCUGUCCUACCAGACGGCACCGAAAGGUAACUCCACGCCGCAGAUGGCUGCCUUCUUCGGCGGAUCCUCCUCCAAGGCCGACGUAGCUCUCCCCAAGGCAUUGAACUCCACUCAACCGGCGUGGUACAGGGGCGGGGGAGGGGGAGGGGGAGGGUCACGUGAGCGGCGGCACGAUCAUCACGUGAGGAAGGUGCUUCUGGUGGCGAGCCUGGUGUGUGGGAUCACGGGUGUGGCUUUGCUGGUGGUUGUUGCUUUCCUGUUUGUCGGUCAGUAUAGAAGCCGUCAGAGAGAAUCUUGCUCACCCUUAGAUAAGUGAAAGCCAUUCGUCCUUCUUUAUUCUCUAUUCUCUUUUAUUUUACUAUGUACAAAAGUGAUUGUAAUAACUGCAAAUUUAUGGUCCAUUCUCAAUAUUUUUCUCAAGUUUUCUAAUA